AUGGUGGCCCCGCUAUAUUCGGAGUACGAAAUUGGGCCUCAUCCGCCAUCAGAUGGGAAGAAAGCAGGCGUCUAUUUACAGGUGGAGAGAGAUUUGGGAAGGAGAACUGAUCAGGUGGGCGUGGAAUGGCGGGAACGUGCACGAUGGGACGUACAGGAAGGCAUCAUAGGGGCAGAGUCGUUCCAGCCGGAGCAUGUGAUCGUGGCAACGUGGAAAAACGUUUAUUUCGUGGGAGGUUCCACUCAAGGGGAUGAUAUGACGACGACAUUUCAAGCCGUAAUAGUAACGGAUGAAGUCAGGACGUAUGUCAUCUACAAUUACGACCAUAUUGGAACAACACCACUUCAGGAGAUAGGCGGUCAAAGGACAGCUUUUGUCGGAUUCAAUGCCGGGAACGGAUCUGCGGCGUUCGAGUAUGCGCAAACAGACACCAUCAGGAACCUCUUGACCUCUGGGAAUGUGAACGGGUUUCCGGGUCGCUACAUUUUUAGGGUGGACGAAGCCAUUUUGCCUGGCCAAUGUGCGGGAAAUGAUUCCCUAGAGGAAGACAAAAGAAGGUUAUUUGUCGCCCCGGAGAGCGGGAACAUGCUGGGGGGAACAAUUGUAAACGUGACAGGGCCGUGUUUCAACUCAUCGCAGGAGUAUUACUGCAGAUUUCGCGACAAAAAAGUAAAAGCUGUCGUCAUCAAUGGAAACCGGGCAAGCUGUGUGAUGCCGCAAAUUUUCGCGGCUGGUUACAUCAGAGUUUCAUUUGGCGCCGAAGUGAACGGAACCGCCACUAAGGGGGCCGAAUGGCGGGCGAGGUUUUUUGUAGAGUCACCAACAAGAUCGCCUGAGUUGGAAGCGAUUCCGAACAGUGGCUCAUACGAAGUUCAGAACACUUCGAAAUUUAAGAAAUCUGGGGAAGAAUUAUUUGACAAGGCGAGAGUAGCUUUGGUAUCGGUUAGAUUUGCAAAUUUGUCUGAGGGUCACCUAAAUCCGAUUUUGUGGAGUCAUCCCGUCCCGUUGGUCCUAUUUCAAGGAAAUAUUGAAAUUAUUCAGACUAACGCCACCUGCCAGGAAUGGCUAGCGAGAGAAAGGCAUCGUCCAAACUUCACGUUGCAGCUUCCAAUUUGUACUUGCACUUUGACACAAGCACUCAGUGACGUGGGCCGAUUCCUCCCUGACCCAGGGUGCGAUAAAGAUGCCAGAUACUCCAAUUGUGAGCUCAACCAAAAUGUGAAACAUUGUGUCAUUUCGGCAAUUCCGACUGAGUCCGGUGCAGGUCAACAAUGCUGCUACGAUAUAUUCGGUGAUCUUUUGUUGAGCUAUGACUAUGUUUGGGGUGGAAAGCCACGCCGAUCGCAUGCUGACGGCGCGCACCCGUUCAACGAAACUUACAAGGUUCCUGCCUUGUCGCACUAUUUGCACCAUGUCGCCCCGUUUUAUUCGUGUUGCGUCUGGAACUCGGAAAGGAGUCCGGGUUGCUAUGAUUUUCUCGAGGAGGUCAGAGUUUCUCAAAAUUGUGUGGGAUACGAACCACCAGGAUUGGCCACAGUUUUUGGUAGCCUCCACUUCUACACUUUUGACGGAGUUGCGUUCACAUUUAAUCCCAAGGGUGAAUUUGUUCUGCUUAAGAGCAACUUUAGCCAGUUAGAGAUUCAGGGGCGAUUUGAACAGCCCGCCCCUAGAGAGGAUGGCAAAGCGGUAAAUUCUACCAAGCUAACGGUAAUUGCCGCCAGGGAAGGAAACUCUGCUACAGUGGAAGUCCGACUUCGCCCCGAGGAAGCGAGAUGGCGCUACAAACUGGAUGUUCUUGUGAACGGGGAGAAAGUAUUUUUUGAUAGAGAUCCACAAAAAGUGCAACACUUCCCGGGUGUGACCGUGUACACGCCGACCUACGUGCGGAACCAGUCCGUUGUGAUUGUCAUGUUCAAAUCCGGCGCUGGUGUGGAGGUUGUUGAAAAUAAGGGUCAUACUGCGGCUAGAGUCUACCUACCGACGAGUUUUAAGGUGAGCGGGAAUAAUUUAUAUUUUAUGGAAAUAUUUAGAAAUUGA